UCUUUUUUUUUUGGUGGCAUAAACUAUUUUUCCAUUUCUUGUAAAAAAAAAACUGUUAAUUUAGAAAUUUCCCAUCCGACACAUUAAUUGAAUUUAGUUAAAAUAAAGGCUUGAAAAUGAAAAAGCGGGACGUGUAAAAAUAACCUUUCCCUUUUGUUGAAAAAAGGGAUGAAACGCACAAAAAUAAAAGCAAAUACCUAUCAAAAAGAAAAAGGAAAGUUAAUUAACUUAGAGCCCAAGUGUAGCCGAACCGCCAAAAUCAAGAAUUCCCCUGUUUUUCCUAAUUACCGAGCUUAAUUGUAACCAACAAUUUCCAUACUUUCCAUAAAUGUUUCCUAAAAUUAGUACUCCGCGUGAGUUGUUUUAUGGAAACUUCACAUCUUUAUAAAGAACCUCAACAAACAUUACUUGUUGUACUUGUUCUUGAUUAAUUCUUUCUCUUCUUUGUAGCGUACUACUGUUCUUCAUAUUGCUUACUACUUUCUUUCUUCUCUGUUCUUUAACAGUGAGUCAAUUUCUAAUUCAUUGAUUAGAGAGUACUAGCGGAUCAUCGAUUAUUAAAGGAUUUUCUCUUGUGAUUCUUGACUCGUUCUUGUUUUAAUUUUUUUCAAUGCGUAACAUAAAAUCAAAGACCAUGUCACGGCUUCGUAAGGGUGUUCGAUUUCACCCAACUGAAGUGGAGUUACUCAAUUAUCUCAAAAGGUUCUUGAGGGGUCAAUCUUUACCGAGUCAAUGCCCUAUUCGGCAUGCGGAUAUCUAUGGAGAUCAACCUCCAUCGGUGAUUCUUGGAGAAGAGAAAGUAGGCUACUUUAUUUCACGGUUGAAGAAGCUGAAGAAUUCAGAUGAAAGGUUCCGUCGAACUUGCGCCAACGGGACUUGGACAGGCCAAACUAGUGGUAUACCUAUCGACAAUCUCAAGGGAACUGUUAUGGGCUUUAGAAGAAAUUUAAAAUAUACUAGUAAGGAAAAAAAGCAAAACAGUACCACUAGUUGGUUGAUGAGAGAGUACUUCGUGGGGGAUGAUUUCUUCCUGAAAAACAAUAUUCCUAAGCAAGAUUUUGUAGUGUGCCGAAUCAAGAAAAUUAUAAAAGAGAAAAAGAUAAAGGAUGUUGCGGUAACCGAACAAGAUGUUGCGGGAAUUAUUGAAGUUAUGUUGCUCCGGGAGACUCAGAAGACCAAAGAAAAAGAACGUAAUAGCAAUCUAAGUGACUGCUUCGAGGAGAUUGAUUGGGCUGAUGAUCUGCUCAUCAACAUUGACGAUUUUGGUGAUAUAAUUGGUCGUUAAUUCACAAUUUUGAAUUGUAAAUCUAAGAAAGUAAAGAUUGUUUUACAAUUAUUGUGUUAUUGAAUGAGAAAGAUAGCUUUACAAAUUUAUUGUUUUGUUUUGAGCGUCUGGUAGAAAUUAUUCUUCUAUAUAUUCUAAUAGAUUGAUUACUCUACUUCACUUAAGGUUUCUAGU